CCAAAAAGAUAAGCAGUUUAAUUCACUUUGAGUUUUCAGUUCAGUUGUACUACGGCUCCAGAAAAAAAAGGAAAGAAAAGAAUGGCAUUUCCCCAUCUUCCUUCAUCUCUCGCACUCAAAACUACUUGCCGCUCUGCAUUGACACCAGUACCCAUCACUGUCUCGUCUCGACCAAUCCAAAAUCCUGCUAAAUUCACCAAUUGGGUCCUCGAUUUCCGUUCCAAAUCUUUGAAUUUUGCCUUCUCUGGGGCUCUCGCACUUGGUCUAUCUCUCCCAGGAGUUGGAGUUGCUGACGCAAAAGUUGGAGUUAACAAGCCAGAACUCCUUCCUAAAGAGUUUACUACUGUUAUAGAUGUAGCUGGGUUCCUUUCUGAUGGCCAGGAGAAACGACUUGCAGAGGAGAUUUCUGAUGUUGAAAAGGAUACCGGAUUCAAAUUAAGAGUUUUAGCUCAGAAUUAUCCUGACACACCUGGAUUGGCGAUUAGAGACUUUUGGCAAGUGGAUGAUAGAACAGUUGUCUUUGUUGCUGACCCCAACUUUGGAAAUAUUUUAAAUUUCAAUGUGGGGGCUUCUAUUGAUCUAGACAUUCCCCGUAGCUUCUGGAGCCGUUUGGCUGGGAAAUAUGGAAACAUGUUUUACUGGAAAGAGAAGGGGGAAGAUGCUUCUAUUGAAGCUGCUGUGAUGGCAAUCUCUAGUUGCUUGAGGGAACCUGUGGGACCAAAUAAUUGCUCCGAGGUGAAAUGAUACUGACAUGAUACCGGUUCCGGCAUGCCAGAUUCGUUUCUAUUUAUACUCCGCUACUAUUUCCAAGUGCUGUAUAAUUAUGUCUACAGACUAGAGUUAUGUUUGUAAAGCACAUUUAAAUUUCAGUACAAGCUACAAAGAAGCAAAAAAGAAAAAAAAGAAAAUGGGGAUUUUAUGAAUCAAGUACAGGUCAAUGAAGUCGAUCAUUGCAGCUUUUGUUGGAGCAUUUCAGAUUCUUAAUUUUCAUGUAAAAAAGGAGAACAAGACCUAAUUUAUUCGCAGGUUAACCGGGAGGCCAGGCUAGCUAGAGAAAGGACCAGCUUCGAGCAGGUCGCCCCUCCUAGUGUUACAGGCUUACGAGGCCAUCUUGUGUCAGUAUCACAGGCACAGCGAUGUGCAAACCAGAUAUGGAGUUCUUGUACCAGAUUGUGUUUGUAAGCUUUAAUAUUCUGACUCAAUACUCUGUUUAUAAUCAAUAAGAUCAUAUUUCAUUGAA